AUGUACUCAUCUAACCACCUGGAUCGGGAAGACAUCUCCCAGGUGGUCGGUCAAGGAGUGGUGGCAGGUCAGCAGAAGGUGCUGGAGUGCCCAGCUGACGAGGCUGUCAGUCAGAUGAAACAGCAAAAGUAUUCGACGCAAGUCUCCUUCGGUUCACAAGACAUGCCUUUAGCACCAGCGCCAUCGUACCAUUCCACAGACGCCGACUUCCCAGGCUAUGGCAGUUUCCAGGCUCCUCUGUCAGUGGACCCUGCCACGUGUCCCAUUGUCCCCGGCCAGGAGAUGAUUAUAGAAAUAUCCAAGGGACGUUCAGGGCUGGGUCUCAGCAUCGUGGGAGGAAAAGACACCCCCUUGGAUGCUAUCGUGAUACACGAAGUCUACGAGGAAGGAGCAGCAGCCAGAGACGGACGACUGUGGGCGGGCGACCAGAUACUGGAGGUUAACGGGGUGGACCUGAGGAGUGCCAGCCACGAGGAAGCCAUCACAGCCCUGAGGCAGACCCCCCAGCAGGUACGGCUGGUGGUGUACAGAGACGAGGCACACUACAGGGAUGAGGAGAACUUGGAGAUUUUCCCUGUGGAUCUGCAGAAGAAGGCCGGCCGAGGACUGGGCCUGAGCAUCGUCGGGAAACGAAGUGGCAACGGAGUGUUUAUUUCUGACAUCGUGAAAGGUGGAGCUGCAGCCCUGGACGGGAGGUUGAUUCAGGGAGACCAGAUCCUAUCUGUGAAUGGGGAGGACAUGAGAAGUGCCUCACAGGAGACAGUGGCCACUGUCCUCAAGUGUGCACAGGGGCUUGUGCAGCUAGAGAUUGGAAGACUCCGAGCUGGCUCCUGGACCUCCUCGAGGAAGACAUCACAGAUCAGUCAGGGGGCUCAGCACGGCACGCACAGCAGCUGUCACCCGUCCCUGGCUCCUGUCCUCACCAGCCUGCAAGGCCUGGUUGGCACGAAAAGAGCCUCCGAUCCUCCCCCCCAGGACUCAGCGGGUUCUUUGAUCGAGGCAGAAAGAUGUACACUGAAACGCAAAUGGCUCCCCGUCCACGCCAUCCGAUCGAUCGCAUAG